AUCGGCGGCCGUACGAUUUCAUUGUCACAGGUAUUUUGAUACGUGUAGUGUGCUGGUGUUUUGUGGGAUAUGUGAGGAUUUCACCAUGAGGGAGUGUGGCACGGCUAUUUUUAGUUGCACCCAGAGAAUAAGGCGAUGUGUACACUCCUGUUUCACAUGUCUGUUCUGUUUCUGCAAAUGUUGUGGAAGCAAGGUAUCAACUGCCCCGGACACCCGUCAGAUUGAAGUGGGUGUCGCCGUCCGAGGCAAGAAGAAGGACAACAAGAUAAAGACAUCCAAAUACACCCUACUCAUGUUUGUGCCGAAGAACCUGUCGGAGCAGUUUCGUAGGGUCGUCAAUUUCUACUUUUUGGUGGUCACUGUUAUUGCUGUACUCAUUGAUAGUCCCGUCUCCCCCAUGACAAGUAUAGCACCUCUGACUUUUAUGGUGCUUGUGACAGCAGUAAAGCAAGGGUAUGAAGACUGGCUGCGGCAUAAGUCGGAUAACAAAAUCAAUAAUCAGACUGUGGAAAUAGUCCACAACAACGUAAUCCAAGAGGUCAAAAGCUCCAGCAUCGCCCCUGGUGCACUGGUCAGGGUCAAACGAGGUAAGGAAGUUCCAGCCGACCUGGUGCUCCUGUGUUCCUCGUCAGACAAGGGGAAAUGCUACGUGACCACGGCUAAUUUGGACGGCGAGGCCAAUCUGAAGACUUUGAGGGUGCCCCAGCCUUUCAUUGGAUGUUCUGCAGACAUACUACCACAAGGGAUGCGAAUUACUGUCAACAACCCGGAAGCGAACCUUUACACGUUUCACGGGAGUCUAAAAAUACCUGCGCAGGCGCAACCGUUGGCAUUGAGCCCAGAAAACCUCAUGUUGAGGGGAUCCAGGGUACGGAAUACGGAGUGGGCUAUAGGAUGCGCUGUUUAUACAGGCGAAGAAACGAAACUGGCUCUAAAUUCGAAAUUCACGAGCAACAAAUUUUCAUCCUGCGAAUUGGCCGUUAACGCUUUUUUAGUAUUUUUCAUAUUAUUACUCAUCAUAGAGAUAAUUAUCUCGGUAGCUGCGAAAAUUAUAAUAGAAAAUCGGAACCCAGAAAGGCAGUCUUAUUUAGGGCCGGCCUUACAGUAUUCUUCAAUGGCCCAACAAACAGUGCAAGAUCUGUUUUCGUUCUUGCUACUCUAUUAUUAUAUUAUACCUAUGUCGCUGUAUGUGACUAUUGAGCUUUAUAAAUUUAUUGGGUCCCUCUUCAUAGCCUGGGACGAAGAGCUUCGCUGUACCGACACGGGUAAGCCUGCCGUGGCCAAUACUUCGGACCUGAACGAGGAGUUGGGACAAGUGGAAGUGCUGUUCUCAGACAAAACCGGCACUUUGACCAAGAACAUGAUGGUUUUCAAAGCGUGUUCUAUAAAAGGCAUUGUCUACGAAGAGAGGAGGUCUGGGUUCUUUGACGUGGAGAGACCGGAGGCACCUAUAAGCAUUUCUCAGACAGACGUCCAAUUUUUCUUCAGCAUACUAGCAUUAUGUCACAGCGUCCAAAUAUCGGACCAAGACGUGAAACGACUCAGCGCCACGCUAACUCGCGAGAGCAGGCAAAUGAUUAAAUUUCUAAGGAGAAAAAAGAAAGUCACAGAUAUUAAUGACACUCCUGAUCUGGCGUUGAUUAAUGACACUGAUAUUAAUGCUAAAAUUGAGUAUCACGCGAGCAGUCCCGAUGAGAAAGCGUUGGUGGAAGCGGCUGACAGGAUAGGGGUGACAUUUUUGGGUGAAGACGGUAACAAUAUGAUGAUAAAGAUCGGACAGAGAAUCGAGAUGUUUGAACGUUUGCAAAUAAUCGAGUUCACGUCUGAGAGGAGGAGAAUGUCGGUGGUGUUACGGGACAAGAAUGGGAAGAUUUGGCUCUACUGCAAAGGCGCUGAAAGUGCAGUGUUGCCACUAUGCAAAGAUUCGGUGAUAGUUGAGGAAGUCAACAGAGAUAUAGACAGUUUUGCUAACAAAGGUUUGAGGACCCUCGCAAUAGCGUACAGGGAAGUGCCACAAGACGAGUAUGAUAAAGUGUGUGAAGCAAUAAAACAAGUGGAACCCACCAGUGUGAAAGACUUAGAACAAAUGUCGAAACGUUUUCGAGAACUAGAAAGGGACAUGACGUUAAUUGGUGCUACGGCCGUGGAGGACUGUUUGCAAGAUGGCGUCGCGGACACGCUGGCCGCUUUGAGAAGAGCUGGUAUUAAGAUCUGGGUCCUCACUGGGGAUAAGGUGGAAACCGCUAUAAACGUCGCCCAAUCCUGCGCACACAUAUCAGAGAACGACAGAAGAAUGUUCAUGAUCGGAGUCGGACACGACACGAUAGAAGAUCAUUUAGAAGAAUGCAAACGAAUAGUGCAAGAGCACACGUAUAAAGACUUAGCUUUGGUGGUAGAUGGCGCCACUAUGAGUUCAAUACUGGAUACCCGUUUUGCACCAAUCUUCUCGGAUAUAACGAUGAAGUGCAACGCCGUAUUGUGCUGUCGACUCUCCCCUAUUCAGAAGGCUAAUAUAGUGAAAUUAAUAAAGAACAGUCCUGACCACCCGAUAACAGCGGCGAUAGGGGACGGCGCCAACGACAUAUCUAUGAUACAGGAAGCGCAUGUCGGUUUCGGCAUUUUCGGCAAGGAGGGCUAUCAGGCCGCGAGAUCAGCCGAUUUCGCGUUCACAAAGUUUUCAAUGGUGAAGAGAAUGAUAUUAGUUUUGGGUCACUGGUAUUACCAAAGAUUAGCUACGUUAAUACAUUAUUUCUUUUACAAAAAUCUAGUGCUUGGCAAUAUUAUGUUCUUUUUCCAAAUCCAAAGCGUUUUCUCCACGCAAUCCAUAUACAACUCGAUGUACCUGACUUUGUACAACUUAUUCUUCACAACGCUACCGUGUUUGAUAUUGUCCAUUACAGAGCAAAGAUGGCCGGCCGAUUUACUUAUGUGGAAUCCGACACUCUACCGAGAAAUAUCCCGUAAUCGUCUCAUGUCGCGGUCAUACUUCAUCACUUGGAGUAUAAUAGCGUGUUACCACUCGUUGGUCAUAUAUGUGGUCACGUGGCUCGCUAUGAGGACCGCUGUCAUUGGGAGGGACGCUAAGACUACGGAUUUGUGGUGCUACGGCGCCGUGCUGUUCCACCUGACGGUGGUCGUGGUGAACCUCAAGCUGUGGAUGCAGGCCCGCUACCAGACAUACGUCUUCAUCGCUUCAGUACUCGGGAGCAUCUUUAUCUAUGUCAUAUUUGAAAUUGUCUACUCGAUGUUUAAUAUGUCAAUAGAUGGCGACUCCCUCGGCGUAUACAUAAGGCUUCUCUCUUCUCAAUACUUCUGGAUCCUGAACUUAAUCACCGUGGUGGCGACGCUCGCGCCCGAUUAUUGUGCACGUUUGAUUUCCGAUAAAUGGGGCAAAAGACGGACAGACAUGAAAGUGAUUAUAGGGCCUAGAUUGUUUAUCACGCAGUUAUAAUUUUGAUUGUCUUAUUGACUAUUCUGUUGACAAGGUACAAUCAACACUACUAUGCGUAGGUAGCUGAAUUAUUUUUUAAUUGACUAAAUAGUAUACAACGCACGAUACUGAGAGUAGGUAGGACACUGAAAUUUUAUGAUUUUCGCGUGAGAGUCAGGAGUGGAAAACAAUGCGAUAAAUGAUA